GACAAAGACAUCAUGGAUAAAUAUGAAAUAAUUAAAAAAAUUGGAGAAGGAUCUUUUGGCAAAAUAUUCUUGGCAAAAGGAAAAGCAGAUAAUGAGCAGUGUGUUAUCAAAGAGAUCAAUUUAACUGAGAUGCCUGCGAAAGAAAAAGAAGAUUCUCAGAAAGAAGUCAUUCUUCUGGCCAAGAUGAAGCAUGCAAAUAUCGUAACCUUCUAUGCUUCUUUGCAAGAAAAGAACAAGCUAUAUAUUGUGAUGGAAUACUGCGAUGGUGGGGAUUUAAUGAAGCGGAUAAAUAUGCAGCACGGAGUGCUGUUUGACGAGGACCAGAUUCUGAGUUGGUUUGUGCAGAUCUCUUUGGGCUUGAAACACAUUCACGACAAGAAGAUUUUACACAGAGAUGUAAAAGCACAGAACAUUUUUCUUAGCAAUAAUGAAAAGGUAGCAAAGCUUGGGGACUUUGGCAUAGCGAGACAGUUGAACAGCACUAUGGAGUUUGCCCAUACCUGCGUGGGGACUCCCUAUUAUCUGUCUCCUGAGAUCUGUGAAAAUCGACCGUAUAACAAUAAAACAGAUAUUUGGUCUCUUGGCUGUGUGCUUUAUGAGCUAUGUGCACUAAAGCAUCCUUUUGAAGGCAAUAGUUUGCACCAGCUGGUACUGAAGAUCUGUAGAGGACAUUUUCACCCAGUGUCUCCCAACUAUUCAUAUGACUUGAGGAUAUUAAUUUCUCAGUUGUUUAAAAUAUCUCCAAGAGAUCGACCAUCUAUCAACUCUAUUCUAAGGAAGCCCUUCUUGCAGAAGGUCAUUCUCAGGUAUUUGCCACCUGAGGAAGAACUCAGUCACACUGUAAUACAUAGAAAAAGGCCUUCAGCAUCACAGCCUGGAGCCAAGCUGAUAGAAG